ACCACCAGGAAUCAAAGCGCCAAGGGCGGGGGGGGGGGAGUGAGGUUCCACCAGAUAUAGAGAUAUAUUUCCAUGCAUGCUCGGGUCUGCUCUUUGCAUCUCACCACUUGGGCGGAACCAUCUGCGGAUGCGCAAGAGGAUUCGUUUCGGAUUACUGGUCUGGACUAGAAACCGGCUCCUCGUCCGCCGACGCUAGCUUGGCGCACAGUGUUAGCUUUCACUCUCCCUGAGAUACAGCCGUAAUCCGCAUGGUGUGGUUGGCUGAUCUCCAUUUGCGGGCGGGGGAGGAACAGGAUUUAGACAGACUCUAGCCAAGAUUUGGACUGGCAACAUGUGGCGCAAGGAGGAAGGAGACCAUCUCUGAGCAUGGGCAGAGUGUAUUGCCCUUCCUUUGAGGACCUCUACACUCCUUUUGUACCUGGAACCCUAUUCUCUUAACAGGCACAAAAUGCAUGCAAAACAGUGUCAGGUAUUGAUCACAGGCCUGUGAUGUACACUGCACCUUUUGCAGGUAAGAGGAAGUAGCAUCAUGAGCCACAUGGAGGAGAACUUUAGCCCAGAGGAGACUAGAUCGCAGCUUGUGACCAAACGUAAACUCCUUAAGAUGUUAAGCUUAAGUCCGGGGCACAGCCAAGCUCGCGGGGCUGAAGUGCGGGAGAAGAAAAUACCUUCGAUGAUUUGGCCAGUGAAGCCAGUGCACACCAUCAAGAAGCGCAAAGUCUUUUUGGUACACCGGGGUACCCAGACGGAAGAGAUCCCUGACAUUUGCAUUGAGUGUGGGAAAGUCUUCAUCCAGAACUCGAGCCUGGUCAGCCCGUGGCAAGCACAGUCCGAUGAUAAGCCACACAAAUGUUCCGAGUGCGGGAAAAGCUUUACCGUUCGAUCCAGCCUGAAUAGGCACCAGAGAAUUCACACAGGAGAAAAGCCUUAUAUAUGUCUCGAGUGCGGCAAACGGUUCAACGAUAAAUCCAACCUCACCCAGCACCAGCGGAUCCAUACAGGGGAGAAGCCCUACGAGUGUAUCGAUUGUGGCAAAAGCUACAGCCGCAGCUCACACAAGAAGAAGCACCUGAAGGACUCAGCAGAAGAGCAGCUGGAGGCCUGUGUCCAGGGGGAUGGCGCUGACGUCAGUAGUGGGGGCGGCGAGAAGCCCAAGCCAAGACAGAAACCAGAGGUGCUGAACACUUGCACAGAGUGCCUGCGGAGCUUCAGCCAUAACGCUGACCUGAUCAAGCACAUGCGCAUCCACACAGGGGAGAAGCCCUACAAGUGCAACAUUUGCGAGAAAAGCUUCAAUGUCAGCUCCAAUCUGUUCAGGCACCAGAGAAUCCACACGGGCGAGAAGCCGUACGUGUGCUCCGAGUGCGGGAAUUGCUUCACUGACAAAUCCACCUUGGUGCAGCACCACCGGAUCCACACUGGGGAGAAGCCUUAUGCUUGCCGGUUUUGUGGCAAGUGCUUCAGCCACAGUUCCCACCAUAAGAGACAUGAGAAGAUCCACAACAGAGAGAACCCCUUAUUUGCCUAUCCUGUCCCAUUGUUUUAAUUAACAGGUUGCUCUCACCAUGGGAGGAGGAGGAGGGGAUAGAGAACUGUGUGCCGCGGAGAACUUAAUUUUUUUAAGAGUUCAGGAGCCACCCUUGAAGGAUUUUGCCAGUUUAAUGUCAGAUACCACCAGAUAUUUCACUUGUGAUUCAGUGCAAUUACUAGAUAUCAGUUUGUAUGUCUAUAGUAUAUAAGCAACUUAUAAAUACUUUAAAUAAUAUUAUAGUAUCUUUAAUAAGGUACAAAUGUUAUAUUUGUUACAUUGAAUGCACAACAUUUGGUGAAUGCUGAUAAUCCCAGAUGAAUUUUUUUGGGAAAAUAUGUAUCUAUUUCCCCACUUUCCUAACAAAUGCCACUGAAUGCGUACAGAUUUCAGUAGCUGUCAGCAUUCACUGCUGCGUAUCUUGAGUUUUUCAGCCCUCUUAAAACUGUCCAGGACUGCUCACAUUCCACCUGUGAAUGUCUAUAUUUACCAGAUUUCAGAUAUUUACAAGUGAAUAUCUCAUAAAUAUCAGUAUAUGUACUAUAACAUAUACAGUACAAAGCUUCCAAACAGUUCCUUAUGAGAAUGUUGGGAGUUCAGGGGAAUAUUGUAUAUCUGGACUUUUUUCAAGGUACUAUAGACUUAUAUAGACAUAUAUAGUAAUUGUCUAGAAUUGUGUGUGAACCUUCUGGUGGUUCUAUUACCUGGCAUUUUGGUUCACUGGGCCUUCAUUUGUUCCUGGCUUUUCUGACUACCUACACAAACCAGGCCACAGAUCUCUGAAGAAAAAGACUCCCAAUCUCUAUGCAAAGACUCGAGUGAUAGAGAAUCUGCCACUUCCCUUAGGAGACAGUGCUAGUAGUAAAUUAACCUCAGUAACCUUUUACUUCAGGGCUUUAACUUUUGGAUGGUAGCUCCCAGCCACUGGAUCACACUAUAUUAUUGUCUGCUAAUUUAGAAGGCCCCUGUUGGUAGAAAUCUGUUUGUCACAUAGAUUUCUACAGAUUGAAGUUAAUCCAUUUUACAAAAGUAUUUUUGGUAAGCUAGAUAGGUUGAGUGAUCUUGAGGCCUUCAUAAAAGGCAUGCUUUCCAGACCUUGGAACUGUGUUUUUUCUGCUCCGUGCUGCACUUUCUGAGCAGUGUGGCUUUUUAAAAAAGGACAUGAGUAGCAGAAGAGCUGUGUUAUUUUAUAGCAACAGGAAGACAAAUUGUGCUGUGGCACCUUAAAGACUGAAUGGUUUAUUGUGGCCUGAGUUUUUCUAGGCAACAGACUCCAUCAGAUGCUCACACAGUGGACCGAGAAGGUGGAAGGUGUGUAUGGCUGUCCGUGUACACACACACACACACACACACACACACAGAGCAAACCAAAUUAGCAAGAUGAGAACUAAAGGUAACACACAUGCCUGGAUUAAUGGACCACUGAACAUACAAACACAAUACCUAGUGACAUGGAGAACAAUUAACUUUUUGUAGUGAGUACGCCACCCAUCAUCCUUAUUCAAGCCCUGAGAAGUCUAUCAAAUUUGUUAAUGAAUUCCUGCUCCUGUUGUUCUUUUAAAAAAUUCUGCUGGUUUUAGGUAUUGCAGCUCUAAGGACAGAGAUAAAGUGUUCAGGAAGGCUGCAAUAUUCACCUCUUCAUUUCUGUUUGUUCCCAUUUGUCAAGUCCAGUUUUUGUCCAGAAGUGUGUUCUCGCCAAAUCUAAUUAAACUAGUGGUCCCUCUAGCCAGGUUGGAGAAACUGUGAUGUGAAGCUCAGCUCAGCCCAGCCCAGCCAUGGACCCCAGUGGACAAAGUCACGACCUCUGUGCCUCUGCUCCUCCCCUGAAAAACAAAAACAGGAGUAUUAGUGACCUACUUCACUGGGUAUUUGUGAAAAUGAUUGAAGGAAGGCAGUGUGACCCACCCUGAGCUUUAGAAGGAGGGUGGGGCUGUGUAUCUAGAGCUAACAGAGGUAGCCUGAAAUGAAACUGUAAAAGUAACACAAUGGGAAAGUUUGGAAUUAGCUGUCCAUAGAAGACUGUUGUUUGCUAUUAUCUAAGUACUUUUUGUGGUUAGCUUUUAUCCUUUCUGUAGGCAUCCUUUAUGAGAAUGUUUGUCAUUAAUAGAGUGUCUGAUAGGAAACCUAACCUUGGCUCUUAAACCUCUAGUAGCAGUUGAUUCUACUGGUUAAUUAAACAUUUUGUACAAUUGGCUUUUUACCGUCUUAAAUGAGAUCUGGAGGGGCAACUGUCAGUCAUCAGUGUCCCCUAAUUCUACAGAUAACAGGGGAAAACAAAGCAGCAAUUCUAGACCAUCCAUAUGUGCUGAACUCUGUCUGAAUCUAUUUUUAUUUCUGCUGUAUACAUCUUGUAUUCCAGAGAGCAAACUCGGCUACUAUAGAGGCAUUUAGAAUAUUUCCACUAUUAUUUGUAGAUUCUCCCCCCCUUUUUUUGUGCAUUGUGUGUGUUUUUAAACUUUUUUUUAAAAAGUCAACUGUGCACAACACCA